AUGUCCAGCACGCGCAACAGCCAGCGCAUCAACAAUGCCAUCGACAGCCUGAUCGGCCACCUGGUGCCCGCGGCUGCCGGCGACGACGACGAUGCCCGCACCCGCCGCCAGGCCGUUUUUGACCUGGUGCGGGCUCUGCUAGAGCAGCCCGGCUCCAACAUCCCCUCCGACGUCAACCACGCGUCCGACCUGAUCAAGCGCCGCCUGAUCAGCACCAACCCGAGCCAGGCCCUGCGCUUCUCGAACCUGUAUACUCGCCUCCUGGCACUACCCGUCCUCAACCAGAAAUGGGCCAUACUCUAUCUCCUUCAUCAGCUCGCCGACUCGCCCGACCCGAACGAGCCGCUGCCCCUCAGUCCCCCCAAGCCCCAGCAGGCCCCGCAACAACUGAGAACGUCCCCUAGGCCAGAGAGAGUGCGCUCUCGCCAGGACGACGACGAGGCCCGUGAUGUCGCUCAGACGCCUAGGAGGUUACCGGAGCGCGGGGCACCACACAGCCAGCCUGUUACCCCGGGAGCCGACGGGACCCCCAGAAAGACAUUCACAAGAGACGUCUCGCUCAAAUCAACCCUCCUAGCAGCUAAUUCCAACGACUGGGAACCUUCCGAGCGAGCUCUCCUCCGUGACCUGCCCUUCACCCUCCAGGGCCUCUCCUCAGCGACCCUCCCCUUCACCGGGGACGACGCUCUCCAGCUCCCGACGACCCUCCCCCCUCCUCUGGUCUCCCUCUUACACACCCUCGCCGAGCCGUCCCUCCUCUUCCGGCAACUCUCCAACUUUGUGCGCUCCCCAGCCCGCGGAUUACUAGGGCAGUCUCUGCGCGCAGCAAUCGGCAACGAGCUGCGGUCCUAUCUAACCCUCGUCGCCACGUUAGAAGGCCAGAUCCGCCGUGCGCUCGCUUCGCUCGACGACUCGGCCCCUAGAGGGGGCAUCGGCAAGGCGGGCGUGACCCUGAAGCGCUGCGUGGUCUGGACGCGCGAGGCGACCAUGGGGCUGAGGCUGAUGUCGCUUAUCGCCGAGCAGAGCCAGACCAAGCAUGGCGGGCAGCUGAUUAGCCUGAUCCACGGGUUUGUCACGUCGCAUGGGGAUCCGGUCGUGGCUGCGUUUGCGGAGAGGUUGUUGGCGGACGUGACGAGGCCGUUCUAUGAAAUCCUGCGGAGGUGGAUUUACGAUGGUGAGCUGUCCGAUCCGCAUCUGGAGUUCUUCGUUCGGGAGCAGGAUCCGGCCAGCCAGGCGCGCGAGCAGAGCAAGGAGGCCAAGGCGCAAGCGAGCGUGUGGAAUUCGAAGUACGAGGUCGUUCAGGACAUGGUGCCGAGCAUCAUCACCCCCGACUUUGCCCAAAAGGUCUUCCUCAUCGGCAAGUCCCUCAACUUCAUCCGCCACAGCUGCGGCGACAGCGCCUGGGUCGACGCCUACAGCAAGACCUCGUCAAAAGAACUCCGCUACGGCGACAUGGCUGUCUUGGACAAACAGAUCGACGAGGCCUACAAAACUACCAUGCGCCGUCUCAUGCACCUCAUGGCCCACCGCUUCCACAUCUUCGACCACCUCCAGGCCCUCAAGAAUUACAUCCUCCUCGGCCAGGGCGACUUCAUCGCCCUGCUGAUGGAAUCCCUCGCCGCGAACCUGGACCGUCCGGCUGGAGCUCAGUACCGACACACCCUCACCGCCCAGCUGGAGCACGCCAUCCGGGGGUCGAAUGCCCAGUACGACAGCGAUGAAGUCCUCCGCCGCCUGGACGCCCGCAUGCUGCAGCUGAGCCACGGCGACAUCGGCUGGGACUGUUUCACGUUGGAGUACAAGAUCGAUGCGCCUGUCGAUGUGGUCGUCACCGACUGGGCGCAUCGGCAGUACCUGAAGAUGUUCAACUUCCUGUGGCGCAUCAAGCGCGUCGAGUUUUCCCUGCAGUCUACCUGGCGCAAGUGCAUGACCGGCGCAAGGGGGGUGCUGCAGACGCCGGAUAAGGAGGUGCAGCACACGUGGAAGACCACGCGCGGCGUGCUGGCCGAGAUGAUUCACUUCGUCGGGCAGCUGCAGUAUUACAUUCUCUUCGAGGUUAUCGAGGCGUCGUGGUCGGAGUUGCAGCGCAAUAUUCGCAAGGAAGAUUGUACUCUGGAUGAUCUUAUUACUGCGCAUACGAAGUAUCUCACCGCUAUCACGCAUAAGGGGCUGCUGGGGGCCAGAAGGAGACAAUUCGAGGCGGCGCUGGCUGCUCAGCACGCUGCCGCGGCCGCUGCCGCUGCCGCAGCGGCGGGGGAUAUGUCCGCUCAACCGGGAGCCCAACCCCAAGUAGACGGCCAGCAGCAGCCACAGCCCCAACCCGAAGACCGCAACUCCUACAUGAACCAGCUAUCCGAACUCCUCCGCAUCAUGCUCGCCUACCGCGACUGCGUCGACGGCCUGUACAGCUGGGCCCUGGCAGACUUUACCCGGCGACAGGAGGCUGAGGCGGUCGGGCUGAUGCGUCGCGCGCAGCAACAACAACAACAACAACCACCCCAGUCUCAACCUCUCUCAAGGAGGAACUCGCAAAAGAGUACCUCGUCGUCAGGAAGGAACGCAAGCAACCCCCGCAAACGGCCCGCUUCUUCCGGGGGUGGGCCGACGCCAAUGGAUCUGGACGAGCCCUCCGGGAAUGCCUUCACACCCGGCGCGAGUAACGCCUCUUCGAUAGCUAACAACUCUGACCUCAAUGCCAGCGGGCUGGGGCUGUCGCCAAACACCCCCCAGUCAGAGCUACCCGCUUUGCAGGAACGCUUGAAGGGGUUGGGUACAUCGUUCAAGACGCGGUUGCAAGUCUUGCUCGGCGAUUUGGCCUACCAGCCGGAUAUGGAUAUGAGGUUUUUGGGGGUGGCGAUGAAUUUUAACGAUGUUUAUCAGCCUGUUAGGAGGAAGAGGAGGACGGGCGCGUCGGGGUCGGGGACCGUUGGGGAGGGGAAGGUUGAUGGGAAGGGAGGGCAAGAGGGGGGGACCGGUGGUGGUGAAAGGGGUAUUCCCCGACUUCGGCCCCGGGCUCGGGCUGGUGUUGGUACCGCGGCUCGGAUGACUCCUGCUCAGCCUUCCGCUCCGGUUCCGGCUCUGAGCCCCAGGAAGAGGCGUGCAGCCCCUGCUGCUCGUCUUUCGCCCCCUCGGAUUCCGGUUCCGGCUCCAGCCAAGGUCACGGCGGAUGCUCCUACUGCUCCUCCUUCGAACCUCAGUCCUACCAAAGAACCUGCAACCCCUCUCCGCGUUUUUGGUCCCGUGUGGAGUCCGAGUCUAAGCAAAGGCAAAGCUGCGGCUGCUUCUCCUCCUGGGGUCCGCGUUUCGAAACAGAGUCCUACCAAAGUUCCCACGAUGCAGGCCGGUCGGGGUAUUUCCCCUCCCUGGGUGGGUCGCUCGAGGAAGGUUGCUCCUCCCGAGACUUCGACUCCGAGAAAACGGACAUCACCUACUCAGAUCCCAAGUCCUCGUAGAGCUAUUUCUCCUCCCAGGAUCCCACGUCCGGCCAACGCUUCCUCUCCUACAACUGGUUCUCCUGCCAGAGUUCGACGAGAGGGUCUUGCGCAAGUGAAGAAGGAGAUGAAACAGGAGAAGGGACAAGGAAACGUAGGAGGAGAUGUGACUGGGCCUAUUGCCGCAUCAAAAGCCCCCUUGAAGGAUGGAAAAGCGCAACAACAGAUCGCUGUCGUUGGGGCAGGGGCUAGGUUUAGCAAGAGGGUUCAACAGCGCCAGCAGCAACAGUUACAGCAGCAGCAGCAGCAGCAGCAGCAGCAGCAACAGCAACAGGGGAAAAGGAGAAUCGGGAUGGCUGUCCAGAGACAGCAGGGGGUAAAUGAGUUGAAGCAGGGUUGGAAGCAAGGGUUAGUACAAAAGCAGGAGGUGAUCAAGAGCGAGAAUAACCCCAAGCCCAAGCUGGGGGGGAAGCAUGAAGAGGAGGAGGGAAAGAUACCGUGCUCCCCUCCUUGGGGGAUUGUGGUUACGCAGUUCCCCUAA